GUUGUCGGAGAUGACGAUCAAAACAUGUGUUUUGAUGGUUUGUGGCCUUGCAACCGGAACGGAAGAUCUAAGGAUACUUUUUCUUAAUUAUUUUCCUCGCCUCUAUUAUGCAGCGUACACCGACUUGCAAGAAUUGCUGCAAAAGUUACGGCUUUAAAGGUAACUAUUACACAUUCUAUAUACGUCUUUUUGUGAUAAUUUACAAACAGUUUCACUCGUAGACAAUGAGCCCUGCGAAGAAUUUCCAAGCGUGCAUCAGCUGUGAUCGACCUCAGAAACAUCCUGAUAUCCAGUCAGUUAAUGGGUCACAAGCUGAAAUUACAUGGAUUUUCAUGAAAGCCGAAAAUGUUGUUAUUUCGACAAAUAUAAAUUCUGUUGUGUCUGCUGUAGUACAAGAUACACGUAAGCUUGAUAUUUUCUUCAGCUCAUCCUUUGCAGCUUGUCAGACUUUCACUUAGACAAUGCAAAAGCGUAAAACCAUUUUCGUUAGUGUUAUUUGUCAGUUGACUUUUUUAAAAAUGCGGACUUGUUUAACUGUGGUUUGAUCGCCUCUAUAGAGUAAAAUGUGUUGCUUCGCGUGCAAGUUGGAAUUGGAGGGGAGAGGGGUGAAUUUGGAAUCCAAGGGGGAGGGGUGGAACUGGGAUCACUGUUAAGUGCUGUCACUUUGUGGAUACCAGCUGACUUACAGAACAGGUGAUCAUUGAUGUCAGUACAUUCUUGUAAAAGUUUUAAGAGGAUAAACAGAGACAUUUGAAUGAUAAUCUGUGGCAAAAAUGAAAGCUCUCUAUUUGUUUUGUAAACAAUAUAUUUUUUUAGACAAAUGAUCAGUAUAUGAUUAAAAAUUUUCUUGAAUGAUUAACAUAAAGAUAAUGUUACAAAUUCAUUCUUCAGAUGUGACCAAGCCAAUUGGAAAUCGCAUCCCCUUACUUUUGGAAUGUGGCCACACCUUUUGCGAGGGGUGUGUGACUAAAUGGGCUAGGCUACAAAAGACGGAGGUGUCAUGUUCAGAUUGUCAUCAUCCCACCCCACUUACAAUUGAAGGAGAGAAGGGGGUGAGGGCCAUUCCCCCCAACAUCUUCCUGUUAGGAGUGAUGACUAACUCCAAAAGAGCUUCUUACCGCAUGUAAGUGUAUACAUUAGCAGCGCUUUCUGGUCAUACAAAGUCCAUGCAUGGUAUCUAUAACUUUUUAUUUACUACCAACUCUUGGUUAUAUACUGAUUGGCAGAAUUUCAUACUUUUUCCUCUUGCAAAUUUAUUUAGAGUACAAUUUGAGCUGUAAUUUUGGGUAAUCAAUUUUUUUUGUUCAAACUUGAAUUAUGUUUCAAAAUCUGUGAAUACGCAUAUGAGAUGUGCAGACUUGAUAAGUUUAGAGAGGUUUCAGUUGAAAUGUUUCUAUGCAUAGCUAGAUGUGAUUGUGAAACUGUCUUUCAAUUUCUGGUUUUUAAUUUGUUUUUUUUGGUUGUAGUGAUGUUCAAAAGCCAGGUCGCUCAAAGCUUGGGACAAAAGCUGGUUUACAAAGAGCAAUUAAUCAGUUUACCCGCGAAAAGAAAGCUGAACUGAUGAAAAUUGACACUGGUGAGUAGUGCACCUAUGUUUCCCAACUUAAAGGGUCUUGAACCAAGUUUCCAAAGCCUUGAUACUCAACUCAAAUUUCUUAAAACUCAACUUGAGUCUCAAUUCUCAAAGUUAUCAAGUAUUGAGGGUCAAGAAUCCAGGAUCGAGGGACUGUCAACUUACUUUUGAGUGGUACUGUAAAAUAAAUAAGACGAAAGUGCCAGGAGGGUCUUGCAAAGGAAAGAUAUAUUGUACAGUAUGUACAAGUGUAUUGAACAAGGGAAUUACACUAGUCUGUAAACCUGUCAUGACUAUGCAGGAGUCAAAAUAUUUUAUUGAAUGAAGGCUAUCGUAUACUUUUUACAAUCCUGUUUUGCACCAUAGAAUGUAUGUAUAUACUUUAGUAUAUAUGAUGGAGAAUGUCAAUAUUUCUUGUGGGAUUAAAUUGGCACAGAUUUGGAAGAAUGUAUAGAAAAGUUUUGUAGGGGGGGGUGGGGUGGGGGGCUUGAAUUGAAGGAGAAGUAGUGUAAUUUUAGCCCCCCCUCUUGGUCAGUUUUCUGGAUUUGUCCCUUGUUUGUAUCAUUCUCUUUCUUUCUUUCUUUCCUAGGUGUACAAUGUGAAGAGUGCACCAGAGCAACAGCCACUAGCAGUUGCAGCAAGUGUGAAACAGUUUACUGUCGUGCUUGUUUUGAGAGAGUACGUCUGUUGUUCUUGUCUUCAUCUGAGCACGCAUCCUCCACUCCCUAGCUUAGCUUAAGAAAGUCAUUAAAUGAGAAAGCAUUAAGUGGGAUUUCACUUGGAAGAUCACUGAGAAAGCAAAGGAUGUGUCAAAAGCUACUGCUAAAUGGCUUUCUCCUCGAUGGUAUCAUAGCAAGGUCUGAUCCACAGGGUUAAAUCACUUCAUAGAGCAAGCAUGAUUUGACAAAUACAUGAUUGGUUCAGAUCUUUUAAAAUGUCAGGCACACCCAGGCAUAAUCUGAAGUUGUAAACUUCUUACUUUUGCUUGAACAGCUCAAUAACCCUUCAAACCUUGAGAGUGACCAGCAUCUGAUUUCUCCUUACAAUAAUACUGCUGAAUCAUUCAUUAAGAUCAUGAGAAUAACAGGAAAUUAUCACUGACAAGGGAAGCUUUGAUUGUCAUACAAAUUCUCCUUGUCAGUACCAAAGGCAAUGUAUAGAGAUAAGUUUAGAGAAUAUGGAUACUGAUGUUAGGGAAAGCAUAAACACACAGUUCAACUGGACAUUGACCCAUUGGGAAAACUCAGUACACCUUGAGCCAUAACUUGAACCCCUGAUAACUGAAAUGUACUCCUUUCUAUUUCCCUUGAAGGAUUGAGUGAUUAGGAAUCAUGUAUGUUUUUUUUUCCUAGGUGCAUUCAUAUUCAGUUGCUUUGAGGAAACAUGUUCCCUUACCUGUUGCAAAAAAAAAGUAAGGAGUUACUCAUUAUUUUUUUUAUAAAACAGUGAUUGUGAAUGCUAGGGGCCUUGAUUUGUUCAUAAUGACAGUUUUGUUUGUGAUACAUCUCAGCACUGAAACAGCUGUUGGGUGCCCUGAUCACAAUAACAGACCUCUGGAGUUUUACGACAAGGAUGAUUGUCAGCCUGUCUGUUCACACUGUGUUGUAACUGGAGAGAGACAAACACACGCUAUUGCACCCAUAGAUGAAAUUGUGAGUAAAUCUUUUUUUCAAUCUGUGAGUUUGGUUAAACUGAUGUAAUUUUUACAUAAGUUUGAGUUUCAAAGAAGACCUUUGUUUGGUAUAGUUAACUUAGUUUUGAAUCCGUGAAAUGAAACAUUUUUUGUUUGAUUAAAGGCUAAAGAAGUUGAAGAUCAAUUCAAGACAUCAGUUGAUGAAGUAGCUCCAGUUAUAAAAUGUCUAGACAAGUCAGUUCAGGUUUGUUUUGCCUGAAAAGUAACAAAUAAAAUAACCAGCAAAGACACUGAUUUUUAGGAUAUAGUUUUCCAGUCAUGGAAUGUUAUGAAAUAUUUUGAUUACCAUGUCAUUUUUCAGUCCUGGAAAUUCAUAAAUUUCAAAAGUUUGUUCAACAGGCCUGAAAAAUCUUUUUAUUUCAUUACAUCGUUUCUGGGCCUGGAAUGUUGUAUAAUUUUGUGAUAUCAUUUUCAAGAUUUGAGAAAAGAAUGAUAAAUACUUCACUGAUUUAUUGUUUGAGGUUAUUUGAAAGCAAAUUAUGGAUCUAUGGUCAUGAAAAAGUUCAAAGAUUUCCUGGAAAAGGUCUUGGAAGUAAAACAGUGUGAACUCUUGACAAUCUAUGAUAUUUUAUGGAGUUUAAUAAAUGAAUUAGGUGUGAUCUUGUUUUAUGUUGUUAUUCCUUUGCUUACAGGUAAUUUGUAAAGCACUUCCAGGAGUUAAGGCUGAAAAGAAUGAAAUUGUGAAUAAUAUCAGGGAGCACUUUCAGAUGUUAUAUUCUGCUUUACAGACCAGGUACAAUAGUAUUAUCACUACAGGUUACAAAGUGUUAUCUGUUUGAAGUCAAAUGCACCCAUUUUGUAAAUGGCUGAGUCAUUGCUUAGAAUUGCCAGGAAACUUUGGCAUAACUGUCUAACCCUUUAACCCACAAGAGUGAUAAGCAUCUAACUUCUCCCAACAGUAUCACCUCUGAAUCAAACAUUGAGGUCGUGAGAAUAAAGGAUAUGAUCAUAAAGCUCUUGAUUGUUGGGCAAAUUCUCCUUUAAGUACCAUAGGAUGUGAUAGAGAACAUUAUGGAGAACUUGCAUAAUGAUGUUAGGGUGUAAAGAACUUGCUUAUAAAGGGGAAGAUUGACACAGCUUGUAGAGUAGAACAAACUUGCAAAAAUAGGGUCAAAUUUUUAAGAGUUGAGUUAGCACCCUGCUUUUUAUGUCUCCUAACACCAAGCACGUGUUCUUUUGCAGAGAGCAAUCUCUGAUCAAAGAAGUUGAACUAAAUCACAAUGGGGAGAAGAUUCUAGAGAAAAUGGUAUAAUAGUUGUUUAGUGUUGUAGUCACUAGUAUUUUUGUCAUAUUUAAAGCUUCCUUGGCUUAAGUGGGCUCUCUCUUGCUGCUUAGGUUUUCACUCACCCAACCAUCCCCUCUCUCUCCAGUGAAAAGUAAGAAGUGUGCUUUUUUAAGCAUAAUUAAAUUUUGAAUGUGCUGUGCAAAUUUUUUUGGGUAUUGUAUAAACUAACAAGUUAAGUAAAACCACGUUUCAAGUCUACAACAAAAUUCAGUUUGCAGUAUUUAUCUCAUAGGAGAGCAACUAUUAUUGAAUUUAUCAAACUUUAUGACUUUUUUUUUUUCUAUUAUUCUAAAACAGCGGGAAGAGGUUGCUGACAAUUUGCGGAAAGCAAAAGAUUAUGUUCAUGGUAAGAGAUAGUCUAUUGUGUUUAUCUUCAGUUGGUUUUGUGUUUGUAAAACUCAAUGAAAAGCAAUCUUAUCAAGAAUUGAUUGAGGUUUUUAACCUCAAGAAUGUUAGCUUGAGAUAUCCAGCUGCACUAUAGACUAAAGUGAGAUAAUAUUUUUGACUAACAUGAGCUACAUUGUAGUAAACAGGUGAGUUCUCCACUAUUUUUAAAUAUUGCUAUUUAUAUUAUCAUGUUUUCAGAAGUGGAAAGUAUGAUUGGACAACCACAGACAUUAAUUGACAAUGCUAAAAAGGUUGGUUUUAUGCACUCUGGCGCAUGAUUCAAUUCUGAUAAAAUAUAUAUAUUAUUAAUUGUAGUUAUUAUUUAUUUAAUGCAUGUACAUCACUUUUGUCUACUUGUUACCUGUUAAAGUUACCACAGGGCAUGAAAUUAAUUUUUUUUCUGAUAGCCACUUGGCUCCUAAAUUCUUCAAAGUGGUAGCCAAUUAAAAAAAAGUUUGUCACCAUUUUCAAAGACAAACAAAUCCUUUUUUUACGUUGUCAGUGUUCUAGAUAGACCCUCCGAAAUUAAGUGAGGGAAAAGAUCUUUAACAAGCCACAAAGAGAUAUACAGCAUUCAAGCUCACUUAAAUCCAAGAUGGCAUCUAGUUAUCAAUCGUGAGUCAUGUGCUGCGUUUUGGAAACAAACCUAACGAGGAAGUUUUCCGCCGAUUUAUCUUUGCAAAUCUUUGUAAUUCACUAUAUCUCUUGGUAAGGUUAUGAUGAAACAUUCUAGUUGCCAAUUUUGUGACUAAUUUUCAGGAUUUGGUCACCAAAGUGAAAAAUUUAGUCACAUUGGCACCUGUAUUAGGCACAAUUUCACGCCCUGUACUAAUGUACCUGUUUGUGUUGAAGCAUUACAGGAUGUGAAUUAUCAGUCUAUCUCUCAACCAAAAAAUAUAUUUUGUCAUAUUUAGUUAAGAAGAGAGUUGGAAUGUGUUAAAGAGAUGCAGUGCUGUCCAGUAAAAGUGAUAUCCCAUGAAGAUCAAAUAAGGUAAGCUUCAUUAUAGUGUUAAGUUAACUAUACAACAGUUGUGUCUACAGUUAUUACAUUUGUUUAAUGAUACAGUGCUCCAUGGGGCAUGUGUCAUGGAAGGCUUAAUGGAGUUUAUUUGUGUUUAGGUUUGAAACUAGAGGAGAGAUGAGGGAGAGAAUUUCUGAAUAUGGUUCUGUUUCCACAGAUGGUUGUGCAAGGUGAGAUUAUUCAUCAUUUGCUUUUGGUUAUUUCAUUAAACAAGACCAUUUUUGUAUUCCCUUUAACCCUUUAAGUCCCUUGAGUGACCAAGACAGAAUUUCUCCUUACAAUAUCCAUACAAUAUCAAGCAGACAAGUGAUGAGAAUAAAGAAAAAUAUCAAUUUGAGGAUAAUUAGUUGAUCCAACACUAAAUUCUCUGAACUAACAUUACAAGAAUUGUAUGGUGAACAGUAAGGAGAAGAACAAAUUUGAUCUGGGAGUUAAAGGGUUAAAUGGUACGUACACCGACCAACAGGAAACUUUUAGAAGUAUAAAUUAAAAAAACUCCCAAAAAUGACGUGAUCUACCUGAAAAACACUAAGGUAACAUAUCAUCAAAUUGUUUCAGACAAUCUCUCCAUAUACAAUUUAUUUCAUAUUUUUAUCUGCUCUGUCAAACAUUGAUUAUCAGAUUUGAGAUGAAAAAAUUGAGUGAAAUGAAUGAAGAAUACUUGGGAGUAAGGAGUGAUGACUCAGAACAGGAGCUUGUUAAUGCUCAAGAAGAACAAGAAGACACUGCAGAUAAUCAGCUGUCUGAUCAAAGAAUGCAGCAUCAGAGAACACCAGGAUCAAUCACAGUGUCCAGGAUACUUAAAUCAAAUCUUGCAUGUAAGGGCAGCUUCUAGUGUAGGUAUUAUAACCUUUUAUGUCCUAACAGUAGUAUGAAUAUUAUGAAUAUUUCCUUUGUUAAUUGGUGAUCAUUUCCUUUAUUCUCAUGACCUUAAUGUGUGAUUCAGGGGUGAUAUUGUAAGGAGAAAUUAGAUUGCUCUUUCCUGAGAGUUUCUUUGCUCUUUGUAAUUGGUGACUUUAGACUGGUGUGUACAAUUUAGGAAAUGGAAUGAUGCUGUAAAGUUACAAUUGUCAAUUUUAAUACAACCACUUAACUAUCUAAAAAAUGGUGUUGUUGUUUAGAUCGUCAUGAACUUGUUCUUGUGACGCAUAUCAGAGAUCCUUGUCAGUUUAUGAUUCAAAGAGUUGCUGACCUUGAACAACUCCAGAUCAUGAUGAAUGUCAUCAACAUCUAUUGCGACAGCACAGAGAAUGUUCAUGAUCUUCUAUAUGAUGUCAAGUUUGGUAUGUUGGUAUUUUUUGCUCCUUUAAUAACAAACAUCAGUGCAGAAAGCUGCUGCUGCUGCUUCCUUGAAAAUUUUUGGAAAAGUAGAUACUUCAAAAUUGUUCCUUUCCCUACUGAUGUUUUUGUUUUUGCUGUUGUCAGGUGACAUGUGUUGUGCUCAAUUUACAACUGAUAAUCAGUGGUACAGAGCUCGCAUCAAGACGGCAUAUUCUCCUGCACAUCCCAACACUGUUCCAACUCUGGAGAAUAAUCUUUGUGUUGAGGUGCAGUACAUAGAUUAUGGAAACAGUGAGUGGCUGCCUUUAAGCAGGUAAGUAUGGAAGGCAAAUGCAGCAGGAGCUUUUUGUUUUUUUGAUGGUAUCUCAAGUGUUCUUAUCACUGGUAAACAAACUUAUGAAAAGUAGAAGAGUAAAAAUUGAAAUCAAAAUGUGAUCAUAAGUACUGAUGCCCUUAGAAGUUGGUUGCUAUGCAUUGAUCUAUUCCAGGUUGAGAAAGAUGAAAGCAGAAUUUCUAAAUGUUCCUGAACUUGGAGAAUGCUGUUGCUUGGCAGACAUUGUACCUCCAUUCCAGGUUUGUUUUCAUUUUUACUUAGAGUAUUUAAAAGUUCAAUCAUUCAAUAAAUUUUCCUUCUUAAACACUUUUGUUUCAUUACAAGGAACUGUAUAGCAGCCAGAAAGUAGGCUUUAUUUUAUUAGAUCUUUAUUAAAUGGGUUUCAACACUGAAUAGGAGAAAGUGUGUCUUAGUGUAUUAAUUUAAAUUGUGUUUGAUAUUAUUUUAAGGAGGAAAAGUGGCCUGCCAAAGCAAUAAAGGCGUUUGGAAGUCUGACUGGAGAUAAACCUUUGUUGAUGACAGUAAGUUCAAAGAAGCUAAAUGAAUUAUUUUGUACAACUAAGCUUUAGUGACUUGAAAUGUAAUCCUUUCAAGGGAAUGGUUUCUUCUCUUAAGGAUGUACAUGUGUGUGCGAUCAAGUGACCACUGUGGUAAGUGGUUGAUGCAAAUUUCGUUAAUAUUGAUGAGAAAAUCUCCAGGGACUAAAUGAACAACAGACAUACAGGCGUUCACAGACCAAUUCUUUGUCGACUACCAAACUCAUUGGGCCAGUUAUUUAGACAAAGUUAAGCCGUUGUCUAACAAAACCGCGUUCUAAACUAUCUUGAAUUUAGCUGAAUCUUUAAUCUGAGCAUUUAUUUUUGUGAACAGUUUCUAGAGGGCGGAAAGCUGACAGUGGAAGGACAUUUAUUUAGUAAAAACAACUCUCUUAAAGAAAAUACGUUUGGCCUACUACUUGCGUAAAAUCGCGGUUUGGGUUAGAUCUCGUGUUAAUAAAAAAAAAACCGGCCCGUCAUAUGUGCAUAUCUGUAAUGGAGGUUUAAAUUAUUCUCUUAAUUUUUUGUGGUUACUGUUUUUAAGAUAUUAACAGAAGUAAAGCACAGUUUGGGCUGCAAGGGAAGGAAGGGCCUUGAAAGAUGUACUAUUUGCUGGCCAAGGAGGGCUUUGAGAACAAAUCCGUGCUUAGAGUUAUUUAUAUUUAACUCUUUGUCUUCCAACAGAGACUAGCUUCUUAUUUCUCCUCACAAUAUCACCCUUGAAUCACACAUUAAGGUCAUGAGAAUGAAGCAAAUGAUCACUAACUGAAGAAGCUCCUGAUUGUCAGACAAAUUCUCCUUGUCAGCACCUUAGGAAAUAUAUAGAGCACAGUAUGGAGAAUAUGCAUACUGAUUUUUAUGGUGUAACUGUCUGUAUGUUUUAUUAGGUGAUUGGAAGAAAGGGAAAUAAGCUGGUGGUUGACUUGCGUCGUCCUGAAGAUGAUGAACCAACUCAAGAUGAUGACAGACCUGUGUCUGUCCGUGAUGCCCUUGUUUUCUUGGAAGUGGCUCGUUUCUCUUCUCCUGCCUCAAAACCCGAAGGUUGGUAAAUAACCUGGUUUAAAGCGCCCUUUGAUUAAGUGUCAUUAAAACAAAACCAAAGUAAUCACAACUACCAAUUAGAAGAAACGGAAAUACUUUGAGAGCCAAUGAGAGCUCGAAGUAAAACCAACCAAACUGCUUAAAGCGCGGGAAGACGCGGACGGCCAAGUCGUGAUUGAUUUAAUUUUGCAUCUGAUUGGAUGAAAAAAAACAAAGUAACGCCGAAUUACUUUCGACACAUAAUCUAAAAUUACUCUAAUGAAAAUAAAUCAAUGAGUGAAUGAAUGAGUGACUUAAUAAGUACAGAGGAAGAAAUUAAGUUAGACUUAUGUUGAGGUAGUUUUGAAGUAUGGCCUUCCUGUAGUUUUAGAUGUUCCGUUGAAUCAUUUCAGGGCUUUUCUUCCCUAAGAAGACUUACAAAGAAGCUGUUCAUAUCGGUGAAGGAGCAUUUGUUGAUGUGCUUGUAACACAUGUUGCUGCCCCUGAUGAAAUUUAUGUGCAAAAGGUUUGAAACAUUGUCUCGAUGAAGUGGCUUUUAAUUGAGUGACAAAGUAGUCGCUUGGGGAAAAAAGGGUGAGGUGUGGGGAGGGGUAGGGACGGAACAUAAAAGAACAGUGCAACAGUGCGUUACGUUUACGGCGAAUAUCUAUCUUACCCCAAUGACAGACCACUGAAACACUGAAUGAUAAAAAAAAGAUUACAACUAGCUAUGUGGCCGUCGGUUUUGGUGACUUGCAUAGCAAACAUGCUGGGUAGAAUUUUUCUCCACUGGUCAUGGUGACCUAAACAGUGCCAGCUUGGAGCGUUGGUUUAAGCUUUUGAACAACUUUUCGAUUUGGUGAAAACUUUCAUGAGGGUGACUUUGGAAGAUCAAUAUAAAACGAUUACUUGUUGACUAUCAGUGUUAUUUCUGAGCUGUACUCGAUGCGUUUAACUACAUCAAAAUAAGAGGGAGUUUACUCUAAGGGUUUCGUCAUAAAUUUUUGUCAUUAUGGUAUUUCUUUGGUCCUCCAUGUUGGCAGCUGCGUAGUGAAGAGACAACGGAGCUACAGCAUAUUAUGGAGGAGAUGAGCAAGAUGUUUGGAGGGAGGAGGCGUGGAACCGAAUGGAGUGUUCCGUGGCCUUACAAGGGUAGGUUUGUUUACGAUUUACUUUACGCUCAAGCAAGUGGUGUUUAAUUUCGAGAAGAGAUAUAAAAAGUCUCCCUUCCCUUUCCAUAAAGUUCACUGUAGAUUGGAAAAUUUACUGGCUAAAUUACCCUAAGCAAAACAUUCUUCAGUUACUUUACACUACUUUCAUGCUACCAUUUCUUAAUUAAAACUUUACCUUACUCUCAGUUCCUUUGAUUAAGUGUCAUAAAAACAAAACCAAAGUAAUCACAACUACCAAUUAGAAGAAACGGAAAUACUUUGAGAGCCAAUGAGAGCUCGAAGUAAAACCAACCAAACUGCGUAAAACGCGGGAAGACGCGGAUGGUCAAGUCGUGAUUGGUUUUAGUUUUGCAUCUGAUUGGAUGAGAGAUUGGUGUAAGUUUCCUGGAGCAAUCACAGAGUAGAAAUAGAAAGCAAAGACGUUAUGCUACCGUAAAAAGUGGAAUUGUUUCCACUUGUUUAGAGCGCUUUUCGACUGAGUGUCGUAAACUAAAACCACAGAAAUUACAACGGCAAAUCAGAGGAAAGGAAGAAGAGUCAAUGAGAACUCGAGUAAAAACAAGCCAACCGCCUAAAGCGCGGGAAAACGCGAGCGACCAAAUUGUGACUGGUUUUAGUUUUGCAUCUGAUUGGUUUGAGAAAAUGGUGCGAGUUUCUGGACCAAUCACAAAGCGAAGGAAAGCAAAAGUAAUACAAUCCCGGAUUAUUUUCGAGACUUCAUUAAAUUUACUAUAUUGAAAUUCAAGAUUAUAAUGUUGCACUACUGCAGGUUGUAGGGAGAUAGAAGAACGUUCUUAAGUAAAUGUAUUUGGAGUUAAACGAGUUUGUCAUGGUCUACUUUCGUCCUCACGCAGGUCUUGUUUGUGCGGCGAGAUUCACAGAAGACAAGAUUUGGUACAGAGCUCUCGUUACGGGUAAGGGUACUAUAAAGUGUCAAGCUUAUACGUAAUAAGUUUGUUACUGUAGUGUACAUGUGAUAGUGUGUAUUGCGACACGUGAUAGUGUGAAUUGUGUAUGUGAAGUGUACUUGCGAUAAACAGCUGUUGAAUGUUGUUAGCUCGUGUGCCUGGAUGUGGCACAUGUAACUUGAAUUAGAACCAGUUUCUCCUUCCAAACAUCAAGGCCGCCCUGAGCUGCGAUCUAAGUGCGAGGUCUGUUACAAUUUUUGUUUAUCUUCUUCUUAACUCUUAUUUUUACAGCCGUAAACAGCGAUGAAACCGUAGACGUGACGUAUGUAGACUUUGGAAACUCUGAAAAAUUGACAUUUUCCGAGAUCAGGAAACUUCCCGACAUGUUUCUGAGACUUCCAAAGCAGGUAUGGGUUUGAAAAGGACGUUAAAUGUAUUUGUCAUCAGUGUGGGUUAAGCUUGAGUCUGCAUACGGGACUGACUUGCAAAAACUGCUGGAGAUGAUCAGAUCUCGAUUUCUGUAGCGUGGACUCCAUCGCCGGUCACAUAGCGGUCAAACGUCGGGCAUGCGCGAGGGGAUCCAUUCUGGCCCGCCGCGCGCCACUUUCUCGCGUAAAAUUUCAAAGGAACAACCGCUUUCUCGCAAAUUAAGCGAAAGAAAAUUGAAGCGAUCUAGACCAGAGUUCUAAACCAGACCUUUCACUUGCAAUUACAUCACCUCGUCCUGUUCCCUUUCUCCCCCCCCCCCCAACAUAUGAAUAGGGCAAAGAAAAAUGAUGUGAAUCCAGUUGGCGGCUCAGACCCUCUGAAACUGGGCGACAUGAAACCUUUUCCAUACACAUUUAUCACAUGCUUUAUGCACACACCUCGAAAUAAGUGUUGUUAUGUAGCAAUUUUACAUCAAGUAGAAAGACAAGAAGAAUGACAAGAACGUUGAUUUUUCGUCCCGAAAGGCAUUACCUGUUUGUCUCGUGGAUAUUAAACCAAAUGAAGAAGAAUGGCAGGGACAGGUGUGUGGGGAAAGAUCCUUGGCAUUGUAGAACUUUCUUUACUUUACCAUAUCAAUAAUACGUUCAUUAAUAAAGCUAGGUAACGUGAUUUUCUGCGUCAUGUAAAAGUACCUAAAACAUGUAUGAAGUCCCAAAAUAUUAGUUUGCAAACGCUUGAACAAUUUUACCAACCCAAAAGCCUGCAUGCAGGCUAAAGAGGCGGUGGUAAGAGGUCUUACCGACGGUGGUAGACGGUGGUAAACGGUUUUUAUCGAAGCCCUGCUAUUUACGUCUAGUCUUCUAAACACGCGAACCAUUGGGACAACAUUUGAAUAGAAAGAGCCAACUCAGUUUGUAAACCGCCGCCCGUGACUUUAGUUUUCCAUAGUUAGGAUUCUUUUCACAUCAAUAUGCAUUUUAUUAACCCUGGAAUUCCUAAGAUUUGUUUCGUAAAGUGUUCUGCAAAGGCCAAACGAGUUUUAUUGACAUUGCGUGUGUUUUUCGAACAGGAUCAACAGAAUGUUUCGAGCCUGUUGCUGAAUAGGUCGUUGGUGUUUGAAGUGAAAGGUAAACGUUCAAAAAGGUUUCACACCACAGAUCACGAUCACGAUCACGAUCACGAUCACGAUCACGACUACUUUUCGUGCGCCUCACUCUCAGAGUUCCGCGAGGCGCGCUAACAUAAUUUUGUUUUUUUCGCUGUUUCUUUUUUUACUUUCGUGGCGUAAAAGGAGGGAUUACUCGCAGUCUAUUAUGUAGGCAGUGUACUUUAUCGAAUCAUCGUGCUGCCUUUCUUCAUCUACCAUUAUUUGCUUCUCGUAUUUAUGCGGGUUGUUUUAUAAUUUUAGGAGUUGUCGAUAACAAGAUGUCGGUUUUGCUGUAUGACACCACGGGCGCUCAGGACGUUUGUAUUAAUCAGUUUCUUGUGCAGCAUGGUUAUUGUCAGACGGCUGGACUCGGGUAAGAUCAGAACAUAGCACGCUUUUUUUGACAAGAUCAAUUUCAGUGAAGUGUCGAAAGUGUUCAGGGAUCGCUUUAGUUUUGCUUUACUUCGCUCUGUGAUUAGUAAAGAAGAAUCAAGCCAUUUCCUCAACCAAUCAGAUUCACAAGCAAAACCAGUCGCUACUUGGUCGCCCGCGUUUUCCCGCGCUUUAGUCAGUUUGCUGUUUUUACUUUGUGUUCUCAUUCGCACAGCGUUGUGUGCAGAUCAUGUCUCUGCUAAAUCUAAUUUGUUUGUUUUUGUUUUGUUUUUAUUUUUUUAUUGUUUGUUUCAUUUAAUGUUUAUCUGAUUAUUCUUGAUGUCUUUUAUACGGAAUUGUUUUAGAAAGCACGCUCUUGUCAGUGUUAUAUAGACCAAGAUUUUACACAUUUCGCUGUUGUGUGUAUAGUUCAAUUUUGUGUUUCAGUCAUUUAAAGCAAAAGGAAGCAGAAAAGACAGAAUAUUUAGAAACAGGAAAAAUGCGCAGGAGAAACAGCUUGUGUCGCAUUCUUGCAUGCUCAUUCAAGCGUUCUUGCAGCAUUGUAAAGACCCGGGAUGAACUAGCCACUGAAAGUGAGAAGGCAAGAGAUAACAAGGAAAGUGAGAUCCAGUCUGAACAGAAUGUAGAAGAAACAGAAAGUGGGCAGGAAACUGCAAACGAACCUGACAUUCAAACGGAGAAGGAGAGCCAGGCUAGUUCAUUCAGGGAAGAGGAGAGGGCUGUGUCUGAAGAUAGAACGGAGCCUCAAGCCAGUGAAACAUCUAGGGCCUCCUGUGAUUACAAGGAGUUGAAGUACAAGGCAGCAACAAUACCGGAAGGAAAGAAAUUCCAAGCCGGAGUCACGUUUGUGGAUUCACAAGGAUAUGUGUAUGCUCAAGAAGUAAAGGAAGGUGAGAAAAUUUGUUGCGACAAUAUUUUGAAAAAGCUUCAACAGAAGAAUUGACUUUUAUCCCCAUUAAGAAUUAAUACCACGUAAUCACGCAAUAAAGACAACAAUCAUACGUAUGUGGGCCGUCGAUGGGCAGCUACAUAUAUUUUCCAUUUGGGACAAAUACAACUGCCAAGGGAGGGAAAAGAUGGGGAAUACAAUAAUUCACGGAGCGAGCGAACCGAACGAUACGACACACGAGGUUAUAAUGAAAUGCGAUUCCUAGCUAUGUACAAUACAUGCUCACCAUUAACUUGUCUUAACUAUUAAUACCAUUUAAUCACGCAAUAAAUACAACAAUCGAACGUAUGUGGGCCGUCGAUGGGCAGCUACAUAUAUUUUCCACUUGGAACAAAUACAACUUCCCAAAGAAAUACCCAAAUGGUAAGGUUUGCGGUUAAUGGUAAAGUUUGCGGUAAGAGAAACGAAGGGAAAAACUAGCUGUCCACAAGGAAUCUUGAGUGUUCUGGUAGUAGGGAUUAGCAUAUUGAUAAGUGAUCGACGCGGUCUUUGCUAUUCGCUGAGGGAACUGGAGAAGGACAUUGAGCGGAGAACGAACAUAAGUCUUGUAACAAGCUGAUUUCCAGCGACCUAACAUUUGAAUUUCGUAGUCAGCAAGAAGUAAAGGAAAGUGAGAAAGUUUGUUGUGACAAUAUUUUGGAAAAGCUUCAAAAAACGAUUUGACUUUUAUCCCCAUGAAACUCCAGUCUAAAGUCUUAGAUAGAGGGUUGCAUUUUACUGCCGGAGUUUACUAUCGUUUUUGUCUUCUUUCUUGGUCUAGAAAACACGUGUCACUCUCUCUACCAAUCAGAUGCAAAGCUUAAACCAAUCGUGACUUGGUUGCCUGCGUUUUCCUGCGCUUUUGGCGGUUUGUUUGUUUUAUUAUGAGUUCCCAUUGGCUUUUAAAUGCAUUUUCGUUUCUUCUGACCGGCCGUUGUGAUUAAUUUCGUUUUUGAUCUACGACAUUCAAUCGAAAAGUGCUUUUAAAUAAACUUGCCUAUGACGUAAGUUACAAGUACCAUGCUUUCAAAUGUACUGUGGCGGUUUCAGGUGACCGUACUUUGAUAAACAUCAUGGGAACCUUGCUAGAGAGAUACGGCAAAAGCGAGGAUCAAUCAGGAGCACCUACCGAUGUAACGUCAUUGUUCCCAGGCCUCCCGUGCGUUGCUCAGUUCGCAGAGGAUGGUAUGUGGUACCGUGCAUCAGUGAUAAAAAUAUUAGAGAAGGAUAAAGUAGAGGUAGGUAAUAAAGGACCGCCUUGUCUUGCACUAUGUAAGAAAAGUGCUUCCAUAUGUACUCAAGAAUGAUAAUGAACUUGGUUGUAUUUCCUCAGGUGAGCUAUGUUGACUUUGGAAAUUCGGAAGUUGUGUCCCUGUCUGCGAUAAGGCAAGAGAUGCCAUUCAUGGAGGUUCCUAACCAAUGUCUUCAGCUGGUUUUGCGCGGAAUUGAACCUGUGAGUAGUUCUCUGGUUGUCAUAUUGACUUUGAUCAGAAGCAUGUGAUCUAUGCAAAGCUAUAUGCCCUGGCUUUGAUGCAUAGCUACUUGAAAGAAAAUAACUCCCAAAUUUUUGACGAAAGUGGCCGUUAAAUUGAAAUAUAACUGUAGAAAACCCUUAACGAAGUGUAUGUAAGCUGAAAUGGAAACUGUUAUAAAAUUUAGAGGAAUUAUUGUACACCCAGCCUAGCCUGCAGGGUAGGUGUCAUUUUGGCGAACGAGUGCUCAGUAUUUUCAUGGUGAAAAUUAUAGCUAAUUUUAAAGCAGUAGAAGGCUGGGGAGAGAAAGAAAUUUGUACUAAGGGGGUGGGUGAUGGUCCAAGGGGAAUACAAGGAAAGGAAUGGGGCGAUAUAAAUUAUAUCUCGCCUUUCCCUACCCCCUACCCCACUGUAUUCUCGAAGUCGAAAUCAAAUAUGGCCGGUCGAAUAAACGAUCGCGAGCUUAUAAAGUUAACUCGUCCUCACUGCAGGCUACACCCAGCUGGUAGAAGUAUAGCUUGUCUGAUAAGUGAUCUUCGCCCAGUACUCCAGAGAUAAUUAUCAAUUUACGUCAUCACAACUGCUUUUUUUUUCUUUUCCGUCUUUUACAGAAAACUAGUGACGGGCAUUGGCCAUUAGAAGCCAUCCUGGCAUUGUCUCAGGCUGUCGUAGGGCAGGACUGUAUGGCUACAAUCAGGGUGAGAACUUUCUGUUGUAGUAACCCUUUAACUGCCCGAGGUGAUUGACAUGUAACUUCUCAGGGGUGGAGGGAGGCACAGAGAGUUAUGCUUCUUGUCCGAGAAACGCGAAUAACUUUAGGUGCGCGUUAUUUUGUAGUUAUUUACUUUUAGUCUCGUUUCCAGGGUGACAAACUGCCUGGCUACCCUCUGGUGGUAAACCUGUCUCUUCCCGAUGGUUCUGAUGUGGCGCAGAGCCUGCUGAGCAGGGGUCUGGUUCAGAGAUCUCCCACGCCAGGCGAUGAAGAACAGUCGUCCCAGUUCCACCCGAGAAAGCCAGGGCCUCGGAAAGCCAAGCCUUUCAUAUCAAAGCGAUCAGUUACUGAAACCAGGUCAGUUCGUUUGAAUCAACACUUAUUGAAACUUCAUCCGCAAACUUGGAAUUUCCAUUCUUAUGCAGAAUAUGAUUUACUACCUCUCACAAGAUCACUGGUACUUUUUCACUUCUGAAGAUGCUUUGGGUGCAGCUGCGGGAUGCUUGUUACACAUCAACUUAGUUUGAGGCUAAACUCGCAAGCGUGUUCUACGCUCUAGAGCUUACUUGGUAGAAUACUUUUCAAUUGAUUCUUGAAAUAACAAGAACCAGUGUCAUCACAAGUGCCAAUCAGAGCGAAGGCUACAAUUACACUAGCUAAUAAGAGAUCAAAGUUAAAAAUAGGCGAACUGGAAGAAGCGCGAGGAAAACGCGGGUGACAAGUCACGAGUGGUUUAGUUUCACAUCUGAUUGGUUGAGGAAGAUGGUGUAAGGCGGCUAGACCAAAAAUAAGAGCAAAAUAAGACAAAACCAGUACUCAAUUAAAAAUUUCUUUUAAGCAUCCGAGUGCAAACUUGGAACUGGCUGAGCAUGGAAUCCUCUAAACGUUUAGUCCUCGUGACAAAUGUUUGUCUGGCAUAUUUGUCUAAACCUAUUGAGUGAGUUAACUUUGUCAUGAUAAACUACUUUACCUUUUGUUUUCACCAAAGAGCGCAUGCUCAAAUGAUCAGUUCUCGAGAGGCUGAAUGUGUGUUGGUGCAGUCGGAACUCCCUGGGGAUGGAAUACGGUUUGACGUCACUAUCACACAUAUAGAGAGACCUGACUGUCUGUUUAUCCAGCGAGUUCCACCCACUGAGAUAGACAAGGGCUACGCUGACGAUCUUGACCCUACCCUGGACGUUGCAACCGAAGAGCUUCGUAUGCUGGAGGAGAUUAUGGCUAAGAUAAACAGUCCAGAUUAUUUUAAGAAGUACACUCCAUUAGCGACCGCCAAAGAAGGUGAGACCAUAUCUCAUUUUGGUCCGAAGUUUCGUCGCUUUUUGAAACUAAUUGGAGCGUAAAGCAAAGUGAAAGGAGAAAAAAGUUGACCGUAACAUAGCUGCCUUUUUCGGUUUCCCAGAUCCAUGGUCGCCAAGGAAAAUGUAGAAAGAAGUUGAUCAGAGCGUAUAUGCUUUCUUUGAUUUUCCAAUCCACCUUCCUGUCGUUUCAUCCAUUAUCUGAGUCAAAAGAAAUUAGAGUCGUCCUCAAUUCCCGAACAGAUUUUUUGUGUUUCCUCUUUUUUUACUCGUCAAUGACACGGCCAAAGAAAGACUUACUGUAUUAAAAUAUCCUCAAACCACUUACAGUCUACAGUGUCUUGUAACCUCUGAAAAUUUCCUAGCUAGACAAAUGUCCUUAUCAAGUUAUUUUAACCAGCAAAGCUUCUUGUUCGACAGUGAUUGGCAAAAUUACACGCCUACUCUUAGAAGAGAAAUUUCUACUCUUAGAAAUCCUGUUAUCUCUCUCUUAUAAGUUACUUGAAAGUGCCACCUUUCUCCCAAAUAAUGUUGCAAGAAAUUAGGGACCAUAAAUGGGGAAAUAAAAGAGAGUUAAAGAAAAGUUUAAAAUGUCGUAGAACUUGCAACGUUUUUUAGGGUUCAUUGAAGUUUGUUGGUAUAGUGGACCAAUUUUGUCUUAGUUAUUCGUCUACAUCUCUGAGAAAAUUGCUACAGAAUUGUGAAAAAAACCUUUACUGAAAUAGGAGAGGAACCAAAGGGGAUAGAGACUAACUAGGAAAUUUCUAACUGCAGGAAUGUUGUGCUGUGCACGCUACACUGAAGAUGACAUGUGGUACAGAGCUCAGAUUCAAUCAGUUGAACAUCAGAGACCUCUUGAGGUCAAAGCGCUAUACGUGGAUUAUGGCACAACUGAAGUACUUAAGGCGGACAGGUUGGAGUACUCAGUUUGUUUCAUAGAUUUUUAAUGACCAGCAGUCGGCAUUGAAAGACGGGAGCCAAUUCUAACACGUGUAAAUUGCAUUUUAAGAGUUAGUGAGCCCGCAAUUUAAGGCAUGGCUGUUUCUUAGUAACGUGACUUUGGUAAGUGGCGAUGAAAUGACAUUGGGGAUGGAAUUUCUCCCACCCCUCCCGCAAAAAUUUGUUAGCAGUUUUCCUGACUGUUCUCUCAGAAGUGCUAAAGUACACUCUUGAGUGGGCAGAGGCAUGGUAGGCGGAAAUAUUCAAGGAGAUACCCGUGUUCGAACCACGAUCUCUAGAUCCAGAAUCCAAGGCGCUGGCCGUUAAGGGAACUUGUCUUCCAACCCUCCUUCCCCCCCCCCCCCCCCCCCCCCCCCCCUUUCUCCAAGUGAAAACAGGUGGAAGAACCCAUAUCGUACAUAAUGUAACCGCGGAGUCAAUGUCCUUUCCUAUUCUUGUUCUGUUCCAGGUUGCGAGGCUUUCCAUCAGAGUUACUAGAUUUACCAGUUCAAGCCACACGAUGUUUUCUUGCCGAUAUCAGGCCACCAGACACAACAGAUGGACCAAUGAUGGAUGAUACCUGCUGGCCAGUGAGCUCUAUGGAGACCCUCAUUCAGUUGGUGGCCGGCAAGAAACUUGUCGCGAAAGUUCUAGUGAGUAGGGUAGUAGAGUCGUUUUCUGCGACCGAUUAACUUUCACAUGAAUGAAACGACAAAGUGUUUUCUCCGUGAGCGAAAAGUGCCAAAAAGUGGAGAGUGAUCUCUAAUGUUUUGACCUCAUUUUUAUAUGUUGUCGUUAGGAGAUCAUGAGCAAUUAAAAUUUGGGCCAGGUCUUUUUCAAUGAAUCAACCAGCGGCUAAUACGUAGAGCACCCAACCACAAACUCGGAAAUGGUUGUGGUUAAAAUCCUAACGGAUGACGACGAGUUUUCAUUUUCUUAAGCUCUUGACUAAAGUUGAAGUUCCCUCGCUUUUUUCCUCUAGUUCAAUGGACCACCGGCCAGUGUGAUGUUAUACGAACAUACAGAGAGACAUGACGGAUGCGUCGAAGAAGUUUCGAUAGGGUUUCUCUUGGCGCAAAGAGGUUUAGCGAAGUGUGUGGAUUAUGAGGUACCCGUAUAUGCAGAAUCAGACACUCAUACCGACGAAAGCUAUGAAUCAGAGGAGAGAACUUUGGAGUUUCAAGAAUCCGAGUUAAAAUUCACAUCAAAGGAUAAAUUAGAGAUUAGUACUGAGACGAAAGCAGAUUCUUCGUCGACUAAAUUGUUGGAAAAAAUUCCCACUCCUGCACGUAACCUUCCUCCCGCAAAACAACUGUUAAAACCAGCAGAGCUAACAUCGAAGGUUACGGAUACAGUUUCUAGAAACUGUGAGUCGGAAGUUAAGAAAACAGAACCCAGUCUAGAUGGGGUCGAAAGGUCUCUACAAACAACAGAAGGAGUUCAAUCACGCGAUGAAAAAGAAACAGCAUCACCGCCUUUGACGUCAGCCCCGGUGGCGAAAGUGACGUCAACAAAUAAAAACACGAAUUCGGCUGAAGUGAAUAAAGAUUCCUUGGAAUCUGCUGUAUGA